UCCCUUUUCCCGCGAAACGCGAGUGGUCAACAAAACGGGGUUUCGAUUAAGAUUUCUGGUUUUACAGCAACCUUCUUUGACUUUCAUCAUGGUAAAAAGAAAAUGUCAGUCUUCAACACUCAAAGAAAAUAAUGGCUGUACAGUACCAGUAUUUCAUAACUUCACAGACGAGGAAGUUAAAGAUGUGCGGGCCAGUCUUGUGACAUGGUAUGAGAAGAACAAGAGGGAUUUGCCAUGGCGGAGAAAUGCAACUAAAUCAGAUUUAAAUGAACGAGCUUAUGCUGUAUGGGUGUCAGAGAUUAUGUUACAGCAGACACAGGUUGCCACGGUGAUUGAUUACUAUAAUAAAUGGAUGAAGAAAUGGCCUACACUGCAACAUCUAGCUGGUGCAACACUUGAGGAAGUGAAUGAGAUGUGGUCAGGACUAGGUUAUUAUUCUAGAGGUAGACGUUUACUUGAAGGAGCUAAAAAGGUUGUUGAAGAGUUUGAUGGUGAAAUGCCAAAAGAUGCAGAUGGUUUGUUGAAACAUUUACCAGGUGUUGGUAGAUAUACAGCAGGAGCUAUAGCUUCUAUAGCUUACAAUCAGGCAACAGGUCUGGUAGAUGGUAAUGUUAUUCGUGUUUUAUGUAGACUACGAAUGAUAGGUGCUGAAAGUAACAAUCAAGUUGUCACGGAUACGUUAUGGUCAUUGGUAAACAGUGUUGUUGAUCCAGAUAAACCAGGAGAUUUUAAUCAAGGUUUGAUGGAGCUUGGAGCAACAGUAUGCACACCAAAAUCACCAGAAUGCUCGGCCUGUCCACUGAAAAAUAAUUGCAGGGCAUUUCAGCAGGUUGAAAAAGAUCAAUUGGAAGCAGCAGACAAACUUGUUACAAGAAAAGUAGAAACAGAAAUAGCUGACAUAGAAUGUUUGACAACUGGUUGUCAUCUGUGUUUACCUGCUACAGAAGUUUAUGAUUCCAGUAUUGGUGUUAUGAACUAUCCCCGGAAAGGUAAGAAGAAAGCUGCGAGGGAAGAGUCUACUCUAGUUUGUAUCACCUGUAAACAUACCAACACAGAAGAUGAAUACCUUAUCACACAAAGACCUGAAAAAGGGUUAUUAGCAGGAUUGUGGGAGUUUCCUAGUUUACAGUGUAAUAACACACAAGCAGGGGAAACCGAGGCAUCAUGUGACAGUAUUUUACAGGAGAAUGGUGUCAUAGUAAAUGGACAGCAAACAUUCAAAGACUGCGGUGAGGUUGUUCAUAUAUUUUCUCACAUUCAUCAGACAUACAUGGUGAAAUGUCUGACUGUAAAUGAGUCUAAUAUCACACUAGAGGACAAGUCUAAAUGUAAAUGGGUUACCAGGCAACAGUUUAUGGAAGCUGCAAUCUCAACAGCCAUGAAAAAAGUUUUUAAAGCAUAUGAAGGAGCUGUAAAUGAAAACAAGAAAAAAAGUUCAGUGACAAAGUUGAAGGGGAAAGAAGACAAGAACCAGAAAUCUAUCCAGGCUUUCUUUAAACCAAAGGUUUCCUGACAGAAAUAUUUGCUAGAAUAUACAUUCUCAGUUUCUCUGGAAGAAACUAAAAAAACAUUCAUAUUAUAUGUAUGAAUUGGUUUUAUUUUUUUACCCCUGACCAUCGGAAUGUAUCAUGGUAUGGCUUUGUCCGUCCGUCUGUCUGUCUGUAAUUCAUUGAUUUCCUCAGCAUGACUUUUGAAGGAUUUCAGUAAUAGUGUUUAUAUGUGACAUGUAAUUAUGUUAUAUCGAAACUAAGAUUAAGUUCGAUUUUGGCCGCAGUCAACACAUUAUUAUCCCCCGCCGAAAAGGCGGCGGGGGAUAUAGAAAUAGUCUCCGUCCUUCCGUCCGACCUUCCGUCCGACAUUUUUGUCCGGAGCAUAUCUCUAAAAGUAUUUGAGUAAUCAACUUGAAACUUCAUAGGUGAAUGGAUCUCAUUGAGGAAGAGUGCAGUGCACAAGAAUGAUAACUCUACCCUGCAUAAUUUUUGAGUUAUUGCCCUUUGUUAUUUUUCAAAAUUGAUUUUUGUCCAGAGCAUAACUCCAAAAGCCUAUAAAAUAUCAACAUGAAACUUCAUAGGUGCAUAGAUCUCACUCAGGAGGUGUGCAGUGCACAAGAAUGAUAACUGUACCUUUCAUAAUUUUUGAGUUAUUGCCCUUUGUUAUUUUUCAUACUUAAUUUUUCACCUGACUGGAGCAUAACUCAAAAAGUGUUUGACAUAUCAACAUGAAAUGUCAUAGGUGGAUAGAUCUUAUUGAGGAGGAAUGUUGUGCACAAGAAUGAUAACUCUUUCCUAUACAAUUUUUAGCUCACCUGUCACAAAGUGACAGGGUGAGCUUUUGUGAUCGCUUUUCGUCCGGCGUCCGUCAGUAAACUUUUACUUUAAAUGACAUCUCCUCAUAAACCACUAAGCCAAUUUCAUCCAAACUUCACAGAAAUGUUCCUUUGGUGGUCACCUUUAAAAAUUGUUCAAAGAAUUUAAUUCCAUGCAGAACUCUGGUUGCCAUGUCAACCGAAAGAAAAAACUUUAAAUAUCUUCUUUUAAAAAACCAUAAGAGCUAGAGCUUAGAUAUUUGGCAUGAAACAUCUUCUAGUGAGUGUCUACCAAGUUUGUUCAAAUAAAAGCCCUGGGGUCAAAAUUGGCCCCGCCCCGGGGGGUCAUUGAUUUUCCCUAUAUGCAUAUAGUAAAAACUUAAAAAAUCUUCUUUUAAAGAACCCAAAGAGCUAGGGCUAAAAUAUUUAGCAUGAAACAUGUUCUAAUCUAGGUGUCUACCAAGUUUGUUCAAAUAAAAGCCCUGGGAUCAAAAUUGGCCCCGCCCCAGGGGGUCAUUGAUUUUCCCUUUAUGCAUAUAGUAAAAACUUAAAAAAUCUUCUUUUAAAGAACCAAAAGAGUUAGAGCUAAGAUAUUUAGCAUGAAACAUGUUCUAAUAAGUGUCUACCAAGUUUGUUCAAAUAAAAGCCCUGGAGUCAAAA